AUAAUGAAAUUGGAAAGUUUUCUCUUUCAAGAAUGGUAUAGGAUGCUCAUGAAAUGUAAUGAAGAAGCGGUUAAAGCCCAGCUAUUGCUAUAAAGAUUAGCCGCGGAAACCGACGCUUGCAUAUACUCAUAUACUGAUUAAGUCAUAGUUGCGCAGGAUUGUUACUUAAGCAGUUUCGGUUAAAAGAAAGUAAUGUAAUGGCAUCUUUGAAGUGACGUUUUAUGAGUUUUAAAGCAAAAAAUGUCCUAAUAAAACGGAUUAUUAACAUUAAGGAAUGCUAUGUUGAAUUGGAUGCAUGAUGUUGGGUAUCGGACAGGUACCUUCGGCUGUAAAAUGAGCAUUCUGUUGGCAACGUUGUACAGGUGCAAAUCUAAUAUCACCUUUCCAAAAGUUGUAGGCAGACUGCUCAAUGCGCAAGCGUUUUGUGCCGCAUGGAAAUAAAAAAAAUGUAAACAGAAAGACAGACAGAAAGUACGGAACGCCGGCGGACUUGGGGCCGGAUCUGCUGCGUGAGUCGCCGCCAGAUCGCAUUCUAAGAGCGCCGUGAACGCUCGACGUGGUAAGAGGUCCUCUCUUUUAGUAGGGGGAUGACAGGACAUUAGUUGAGCCUGGAGAAGUCGGUGUGCGAACUCAAAUAGAUAUAUAUAUAGAUAUAUAAGAGGAAUGCGCAUUGUUGCGGAGGUGACUGCGGAAAGUUAUGCUAGUGUUUGCCGUCGUAGGCAGGCUCACGGCAUUCUUGAUUGACUGUGACAAUGAUCGGUGGUGCAAUGAGGGUAAAAAUUGUGAUUGCGCGAUUGGUGACCGUGAUCUUGGUGGUCUCCGUCUCCAGGGUCGGUAGCACUGUGACAAAUUCAACGAGCGAUUGCGACGCCGUGCAAAAUUUCUUUCGCAUGAAGGACAUAGUUGCCGUGGGAAUUCGCGCUCCUCAAAUAAGCGCAGGAAAUGUGUGCGGUACGACAUCCUGUUGUAACUCAGCCUUAGAGGAGAAGUUUCUCAACAAAAGUCGAACGAAUGUGGAUGGUUUUGUAAAGGAGUCACUUCUACGCCUAUCAACAAUUUUAGAAACAAGAGCUAAACGUUUCGAUGAAUUCUUCAGAGAACUUAUGGAAAAUUCGAAGAAAGAAUUCCACGAAAUGUUCAAGAGAACAUAUGGAGUAAUUUACCUCCAAAACUCCUUUGUAUUUACCGAUUUCUUUCAAGAGCUUGAAAACUACUAUGCUACAGGUCGAAAUCGACUUUCUGAUGUUUUAGAUCAAUUUUUUGGUUUAUUAUAUCAACGCAUGUUUGUAGUGAUAAAUGGCCAGUACACAUUCUCGGAGGACUACCUACAAUGUGUGAAUGAGCACAUGGUAGAACUGGGUCCAUUCGGUGACGUGCCUCACAAACUAGGGGUUCAGCUCAGAAGAGCUUUCGUAGCAACUCGUGCAUUCCAUCGAGCUUUGGUUGUAGGGGCCGAUGUGGUCAAGAAAGCUGCAUACGCGUAUCCUGGUGCGGAUGCAGAAUGUGCGGCUUCGAUGACACGUAUGAAAUACUGCGCCACUUGUCAGGGUUACAUUCCUCCUCCUGCAACUUGUUCUGCAUUUUGUAUUCAUACUCUUAAAUAUUGUAUGAAAACGUUAGAUGUUUUAGACAAGCAGUGGGAUUUGUAUGUUGAUGCAUUAGAUAAAGUAGGUGAUCGUUUGUUAGGGCCGUUCAAUAUAGAAAUGGUAGUAGAGCCGAUAAAUAUUAAAAUUUCUGAGGCAGUGAUGAAUUUUCAAGAAAAUGGCGCUGAAGUUUCCCAAAGGGUUUUCACCGGCUGUGGAAAGCCGGUUGUUAACAGGCGGAGACGUGAUGUAAAAAGUUUUGAAAAUACAACUAGUGAAAAUAUCACCAUUUCUUCCAAUAGCAGUGUCGAAGUCAAUAACAAUAACAGUACAGCCACUAGUACGAGUACAACCGAGAUAACUCUACAAACAUUGAAGUUUAACAACGAUAACAACAGCAGCAACAACGGCAAAAAGAAACGGAAGAAAGUUAUGGAGUCAACUACAGAAAGCGGAAACGAACCCUCGCUUGACAAGCUCAUCAAAGACAUUAAACAGAAAGUGAAAGACAGUCGCCGAUUUUGGACGCACCUUCCUUAUCAAUUCUGCAACAGCGAACAGGACAUAGCAGGUCCAAGCGUUAACGCAACAUGCUGGAAUGGCACCGCAAUAGGACCUUUUAGUGCAACCGAAACAAAUGUUCGUCCUCCUUAUUCUGAGAUACAGAAUUUACCCUUUACGCUUCAAACUAUUGUUACUAAACUGCAAGCUGCCUUUCAGGGGCAAGACGUUGAUCUUGCCGACGAAGACGCUGAAGAACCUAUUCUGCAAGAAAGCGGUUCCGGGUCUGGGGACUACGAUGAUCUUGAAAUUGAAGGAUCUGGAUAUCAGCCAGUAAACCCAGGGGUGACAGAAAAGGUACCAUCUGGAGUGACGCAACCUCCAGAGCCUCCACCACCAAUUAUUCCAAAAGAGGACGAGUCAAAUGUAUAUACACCAAAAGUAACAGCAAGUGCCGCGUCUUUACAUAAAACGCUCCUGCAUUUUCUUCUACCGCUCGUCUUUGCCUGGUUUGGAGGUUUACUAUCUGACUUGCUGCAACUGUGAUAGAACUUUUUUUUAUUGUAUAUUAUUUGUAAAUAUAGUUACGUACGAUGAUGCCUUGGAAAACUGACUACACUUCAGUGCCAUAAUAUAUAAAAGAAAAACAAUUUAAAGAAAAAGAAAGAGAAAGAGAGAAAGAAAAACACUUCUCGAAUCGUCUAGUUAAAAAGUAUGGCUGUCGAAAUAAUAAGUGCGUGAUGAAACUCUUAAUAGUAAAAAUGAAGAGUGCAUUAAAUGUAAAGCUUGUAAAAUUGUAAAAAUUGUAAACUGUACACUUUGUUCAGUUACUAACUAUCUAAUACAAACUAAGAACAUCUGAAACGAAGUCUUGUAGUAGAAUAUAUAGAAACAGUUCUAUUAUUUGUAAUAAGCACAGUGUAAGAUAAUUUAAAAUGGGAAAGACUGAUUUCUAAAAUGUAAUUGAGAAAAUAUAGAACGAACAUUAUUUCACCACUAGAGAAAAACAAAUUUAACAACCAUGGGAAAUAAAUAAACGUUAUUAAAUUUU